CAUAGAUCUCGGCAUAUGGCGCUAAGUCACCCGAGGGGCCCCGUACCGGCCCCGUAUGCCUCUCCAUGGUGUCCCAGUACGUGGGGUGCAUUAGCUCCGUUUGGUAGAGGACUGCUCCUGCUUUACUAAAGCCUUCGCCAUCACGGCUACUAUCAUGUAAAGUGGUUAUUCUUCACACUCUGGACAGCUUAAGCAAUGGUGACAUCUGAAGCCACUGUUGGGAAGACCCAGGAGUCGCGCGUGGCAAUAGUCACUGGUGCAGCUCAAGGAAUUGGAAAAGCCAUUGCUCUUCGAUUAGCUAGAGAUGGCUUCUCUGUCUGUGUGAACGACAUAACAGCAAAUCAAACAGCCAUCGACGAAGUAGUCGAGUCGAUACGCGCCUUGGGCCGAGAGUCAUGCGGAUGUGCUGCAGAUGUCUCACAGGGCGCUGAAGUGCAGACUUUGGUCUCGACCUGCGUGGAAAAACUCGGACCCUUGGAUGUUAUGAUUGCGAAUGCAGGCAUUUGCCAGGUGAAAUCGCUGCUGGAGCUGAGUGAGCAGGAAGUUCGCCGAAUCUUCGACAUCAACGUCGUCGGCGUCUUCAAUUGCUUCCAGACAGCGUCAAAGCACUUCAUUGCUCAGAAGUCCCGCGGGAAGCUCAUCGCCGCUGCGAGUGUCGCAAGUUUCAAAGCGUUCCCCAUGUUAAGUCAUUACAGCUCCACCAAAUUCGCGAUCCGGGGACUCGUGCAAGGUUUCGCGCAGGAAAUGGCUCCCCACGGGAUCACGGCCAACGGAUACUGUCCCGGUAUUGUGGGCACGUCAAUGCUCGACAUGAUAGACGAUGUCAUGGCCAAAGCAAGCGGUGGACAGUCAGGGGACGCCAAAGCAGGAUUUGGGAAAAUGAUUGCCUUGGGAAGAUUGAGUGAGCCAGAAGAUGUGGCAAAGCUUGUCAGCUAUUUGGCUGGUCCUGAUAGUGAUUAUAUGACUGGCCAAAAUAUUGUGAUAGACGGGGGAAUCAUACUCACUUAGGAAAAUGUACGUGGGCCAUCCCCAAUUUCGAAUGAAAUCAGACCAUGGCGUUUCAA